AUGUAUUCAUCUAAAAAUAUCAAAAGUGGAUUCAGAGCAACAGGGAUCUACCCAUUCAACCCAAGAGAAGUACUGAAGCGUGUACCAGAGUAUCAAGAAGAUGUGGCAUCAUAUGGGAUUGAUAAUGCAUUGCUAGACUACUUAAAGCAGAACAGGCAGCCAAAUCCUAUGAUAACAAAAAGAAACAAGAAAGUUAUGACUGUACCUGGAAAAUCAGUAACAGUCGAUGAUUUACUGCUGACUUCCCAACUCUCAAAAUCGAAUGUACGAGGCAAAGUCAAGUCAUCUAAGAAUAAUACAACACUCACGAAGUUAGAUCCUGCUGCCUCACUCGCAAGUGUCUCACUCGAGAAUUUUAAUAAAAAUUACGAUUAUGACAUUAGUUAUAUUUUAAACGAAAAAACGGGUUUAAUGGAAGCCACAAAAAACACUGAUUUAGUAUUUGAAACAGAUUUACCCGUGAUUUCGAUAAAAGACCAAGACAAGCCCAAAAAGAUAAAUAUUCUAUCCGACAUCAUUUUACCAGAAUAUAAGACUGAGCCUAUUGCAAAAACUAAAACUAAAUACUUUAAAGAAAUUGAUACAAGCUUUAACAUUUUAUCACAAACUUUUCCUUCAGAACGCAAUAUUAUCAUAGAAAAACCACACACUGAAAAUUCGGAUGGUAAGGUAAGAAAAAUAGAUAAUAUUGCUUUUAAUAUUAACGUUCAUGGUGUUUUAAGUAGUGACGAUAAUGAGGAUAUUAAGGAUGUUGUGAGUUGUUCUGCAAAUAGCAGAGAGAAAACUAGCAGUAAAAAGGAAGAAAAAACUUCGUUUGAGAAAAAAUGUCAAAAAGAAAACGUCAAACCAGUUAAGAGACCAAGAAAAUCUCUAGAUAGUUCUACAACUACUGAGGAAGAUUGGAUUAGCACCCAUAGUGAUUCUGACGUAAUUGUAGCACUUAGUAAUGUUACAAAUUUUGAAAUAAGUAUGGAAGAGUCUACAAAUAUUGAUGAAUCUAUAAAUAUGGAAGAAUCGAUAAAUAUGGAUAAACAAAUAAUAAAAGAAGAUAUACAUCAAAUUGACAAGAAUUCAAAGAAAAGAGUAUUAUGA